ACUGUCGAUCAUCACGCGGUCCCCUAAACCUCUAGCCCCUUGCUCCUCCUCCACGGCCUGCGAAUCAUCGCUGCUGUUCCACACAUCGGUUCUCAGCUCAAUCGCUAUCGGCCAUAUUGCAACCAUCAUGAUCCCUGCCUUUGAAGCUUCGCAAGAAUGCUCGAGCCGAGCUCACAGGCCAUGUGAGAACCAAAAUCCCAUCAUUGCUAGAAGACGAUGCUCCUGCUCGACAGAUUCAAGAAGAUGCGGAGAAAAGUGGGUAACCAUGCUGUACAGCCGAAGAUUAUCUUGCUCAAUGACUGCGCUCCCUUUUGAGAAAACUAGCCAUGCAGUUGUACCAGCAGUCAGAUAUCCCGAAACAAACAGUCCGUCCUUGAAGAUAGUCACGCCCUCCAUUGACAAGAACGGGAACAUAGUGGCUGGGGGUGGAUAUGAUGACCUUGGCAGAGCAGUGCGUUCGGGUCUGUCAAGAUCUAUCAGGAAUGAUGGAAACUUUGUGCGAGACUCAACCGGUGAAUGGUUUCCUGUCGAACGACGUACGCAGUCGACCGUCAGUGCAGGUUGUCUCAACAAUUGCAUCGUUUACACGUCUGCCAAAGAUAUCCUUGCUGGGGUGUAUUACUUAGAAUGACGUAGAAUGGUGUGGAAAGUCUCAGCCCUUGUAAAGAUAGUCGCAUGGAUGCAUGAUUUAUUUUGUUGAAUAAAA